GAGAGAACGAAGAAGAGAAGAACAAGAACACUGUCCUACAACACGGAUAAAGGGGAGAGCGGCCCAUAGGGUAGCUAAAGGUUUCGACGGGAAAAGGAGGACGAUGGUCCAGGGCCAAGGAUGACUGAUUGCGCGUGCUGCUUACUCUGGGAUUCACUGCUUCCCGCACACCAUGAAUUUGGCCCUUAUUGAUCCGUUUGCAUUGGCGCAGGACUACCCAGAUAUUUUGACGGGAACUCUUAGGAGCGGCCACGCGGCAUGUCUGCGGUUCAAUCGCAAAGGAGAUUUUCUAGCUUCUGGAAGGGUAUGGAAGAUAACUCUGUUAUGGAGAGACGCUUGGGAAAACAUGAACUAAAGUCUCUCGUAGGUCGAUGGUACCAUCGUGAUAUUCGAUGUCGAAACGAACGGUGUCGCGCGCAAAUUGCGCGGACACAGCAAACAGAUCCAGUCACUAAGGUAGGGUACUAUUACCUCCACGAAUUCAAUGCGCGGGUUACAGGUACAAGUGCUAAAUGAUACUCUUAACAGUUGGUCCCGAGAUGGACGAUACCUCUUGAGUUCAUCCCAAGAUUGGAAAUGCGUUUUGUGGGACUUGAAAGAUGGCUCACGGAUACGGACGGUUCGGUUUGAAGCUCCCGUAUAUAUUGCAGAAUUGCAUCCAUUCAACCAUUGGUUAUUUGUGGCUUCGUUGUUUGAAGACCAACCAGUCCUCGUCGACGUUUCCUCUCCUCGACCUAUCAAGCGUAUACUACCCUCAGCACCUCUUCGGCCGCAACCGGAGAAUGGAGAAGAAGUCGAUCCCGCAGUAGCUGCUAAGCAAGCUGCACAGGAUGCAAAACAUUCAACUUGCGUUACCGUCUUCACGGCACUUGGCAAUCAUAUUCUGGCUGGCACAUCAAAGGGUUGGAUCAACAUCAUCGAAACUCAGACCUGCAAAACAAUCCAUUCCACCCGUUUAUGCAACGGUGUUAUAAUACUUCUGCGUCUUGCAAGCAAUGGACGGGAUUUACUUGCGAACAGCUCCGACCGUGUGAUACGCACCAUUUUAAUGCCAGACCUUUCACAGCUUGGCGUUAACCUUGAACCAUCUAAUAUCAAGCUCGACAUAGAACACAAAUUCCAAGAUGUGGUGAACAGGUUAAGCUGGAAUCAUGUUGCUUUCUCUGCAACGGGUGAAUUCGUGACUGCAUCCACGUUUAUGAACCAUGACAUCUAUGUCUGGGAACGCAGCCACGGCUCACUUGUCAAGAUUCUUGAAGGCCCGAAAGAGGAGCUGGGAGUCGUCGAGUGGCACCCAAACAAACCCAUGGUGGUAGCCUGUGGGCUAGAGUCUGGCGGUAUAUAUGUAUGGUCAAUUGUCACGCCACAGAAAUGGUCUGCGUUAGCGCCUGAUUUUCAGGAAGUCGAGGAAAAUGUUGAAUACGUUGAGAGGGAAGAUGAAUACGAUAUCCAUCCUGCUGAACAGGUUCAUCAGCGCCGGCUUGAUCUCGAAGAUGAGACCCCCGACGUGCUUACUAUUGAACCCGUCAAGGGAGAAACCAGUGAUGAUGGACAUGAGAUGUUCCGCAUGCCUGUCCUCUUGGACAUAUCAGAUAGCGAGAGCGAAGAGGAUAUCAUUGCAGUGGGGCCUGGAACAAUGAGAAGACGCAGCCCUGGCUCCGGACGUGAGUGGAUGAAUAAUAACAGCGGCAACAAUGCAGCUGCGUCCGCUACCGCCGGUGGCGACGUUUACGAUUCUGAUGGUAGAAGACAGGCGAUGUUGAAUGGCAUUGGCAGAGCGCAGAAUAAAGGACGCCGGAGAUAACCUUAACCAACCUUUUAAAAAAUUGGAAUUGGAAAAAAGAAAAGCAAAAUAUAAAAUGGAAAAAUAUAACUCGAUCAGAUAAUAGUCGACUAACUGAUCAUCGCAAGUUAACAACUUUAUCCAGCACGCUUGUAAUCGAUAAACAACGCCAUCUGUGCCCCGUUUUUAUUUCUCUCUGGGCUUCUCACGACGUCAUAUCAGCGGCACGCCUUACGAUAGGGAUGCACUGGACUAGCUAUGACGAAACGUCUCCUCCAGCCUCGCUACUUUUUCCCCUCUGUGGGAUGAUUCUCUAGGCUAGGUCGAAAGGUAAUGCUCUGUGGGCAUCCCCAAUGCAGCCAAUCGUAACUACAUACUUAUGGAGUACGUCUAGACAUGCCCGUCCAUUUACUGCAUGCCUGCACGAGUACCAGGAUGGCCUCAGCUUAUCCAAAACUGCCCAAUAUCUUGCGCCACGUCUCCAGAGCGUCAAUAAUGAAUAUCAGGGUCGACCCCACGCAAAGAUUUGUAUAUCUUCCGGGUAUGAUGCAAGCGAGCAUCUGACAUGAAACAAUGAAGCAGGAACCCCUUUUCUUGUCCCACGAAUCAGCGUUUCUUUCGAGGAGACAACAAGUUCAAUUUUUAACCAUGUUCUCCCUUAUAUGUAUACGAGAUCAAGGGCUCUUCUGGUUGACAAAUGAACGUGGAGACAGCGUCAUGCAUGGGUGGAUUUCAUGCACCUGCUUUUAGUCACUGUCGAUGACCCUUGUCUCCAACCCCAAUGGUAGGUUGCAGGGAAUUCUGCAGGUAUUUAUAAUUAUGACAAACGAGAAGUUAACCGACCCCUUUCCUUUCCUUUCAGCUAGCCCUACUCCAUACCAAGGAAGAGAGGAUGCCACUGCUUCAGCUAGUCGUUGUCACAUACACGCUCAACUGGAAGGGAAGGCUGUAAUUUUGUGCCAUCCAGCCUGCUUGGUAAUUUCACGGCCUUUGUUGCAUAGGGAGGAGUUGAGUGUGUGAGGCACGUCGGCAAGUAAGUGAUAAUCAGCCACUAGAGAGUAUUUAAUUUAGGUUGUAGAUGCUCCAUGUUGUCACACGAAGAUUGCAUCUCAACUUAGCAUUUAGCUCCUCUCCAGGGUUUUUUCCAAAAGAAAUAUAAUCAUCGGUUACCGUGAACGCAUGGCGACUAGGAGCCCAGUUAAAAUAUCAGAACAUGUUUAAUACGGAGAUAUCUCCGCCCAAUCUAUGGGGAAGCAAACACGAAGUUGACCUCCUUCGGAGCUCCAGUCUCGGGACGUAAGAGAAUCAAGUGCCUUUGCCAAUGAUAUUAUUUUGAAGUUACAGGGGCAACAGACUCCCCAUGUGUACGGAGUACAUUGUCACGAUAUCUCGUAUAUACAGGAAACUGACUCCAUUUUUGGAGAGUUUUACGAGAUGUUACAGAGUUAAAUUAUAUUUCAUGACGGACACUCCGUACCUUGGUCGUAUCAUGAGGAAAUACAAGGGCUUGUCAUUAACUAUGCAGUGUGUUUUUGUAUUUUAAGUAGCACAUAAGUGAGGCUCACCCGCAGCAAAACUAGUGAAAUCUUAAUUAGUUAGCUGGUUAUUUAGGGGGUAACUAGUUAAUUGUUAUCGAGUAUACUCCAAUGUCAAGCUAAUUAGCUACAAUAAUGACUCCUUAAGCACCCUUACGCUGGAGUAAGAAGCGGGAAAUGCGCCCAAACAACAUCUGCUAAUUUGAUACUGUUGCAACUUCCUUUUCACUGGCAACGUCCAUGGCAGAAAGUACAUGUAGUAUAUAUGCAAACUAAUGCCGGUUGAUGCCCGGGAGCUAGAGAAUAUAGGGCCCAAUAAAUGCACCGCAAACGAUAGACGUAACAUCUAUGACCCUAUCGAACUGUAUAGCGAGCCUACUAGUAUUGAUAACCGAGACAGAAUGAAAACAGCAAAGAACGAUGACGGGGAAUUUUAAUGCAACCCUCUAUAUAAAACAGAGUACAAAGGCAUAUCAUAACCAUCAUAGCAAGGGAAAAGGAGACAAUCAAGGAAAAGAACAAGGUAACUAACCACUCGUUAUCGUAGCAAUAGAUCAUCACCAUGAAUCGUCAUCCUGAGGAAUGACCAUGAAACAGAGCAUACUCCUCCCUAUAUAACUAACUCCGGCGUGCUCUGCCAGCCCGAGGAAAAUAUAACAAAGAAACGAUAACUAACCGAGUUAUGGGAUGCAAGACGUCCGCACAAACUUUUCCCAGCCAUUCGUAGAUCCGUCUCCUCUUUACCUUUUUACCCUUUACCAUUCCG